AUGGCCUCGACGUACUAUGAGUUCUACCGUGGUUCUUCCAUUGGAAUCGCUUUAACCGACUCUUUGGAUGAACUCAUUACCAGCGGUAGUAUCACCCCUCAGCUGGCAAUGAAGGUCUUGGCUCAAUUUGAUAAGUCAUUGGCGGAUACACUUGUAAAGCAUGUCAAAGUGAAGACAAACCUCAAGGGUCAUCUAUCUACGUACCGCCUUUGUGAUGAAGUUUGGACAUUCAUUGUCCGUGGGGCCAACUUCAAAAUGGAGUCCAAUGAGGUCGUUACCGCUCAAAAGAUCAAGAUUGUUGCAUGCAAAAAUGGCGAAGCGCAGGACCCGGGGAAGAAACAAUAG